UAAGCUACCCGUGGAUCUCUCGCAUCUCCCCUUACUUUCACUGUCUUUUUCUUUGUUUUCCGAGGAAACGAGAAGGAAAUCAGUAUCUGCAAUGCAAUCUUCCUUGUGGAUUUUCUCUCCGGCUGCUCUAUGAGCUAAAUUUUACUGGAAAGCUUUGAAUCGUGUCUCUCUUUCAGUUUUAGUUCUCUCUUCUUCUGCGUACUUGCACGAAUAUAAAGAAUGGCCGCGGUUAGCUCUGUUUCGUUCUCGGCAUUAGGUCAAUGUUGUAGUGAGAGAAAAGUGUUCAAAUCGUCAACGCGCUCUCUAGCUUCUAAUUUCGAGGGAUACCGUUUCCGUACUAGGUUACUCUGCUACUGCGUGCGCGGUAGAGCGUCGAAUUCGACUCCUCGUGCGGUUAUCCAGUGCAUGUCCGCCAGUACAGAUGUUCCAACUGUUGCUGAAACAAAGAUGAAUUUUCUGAAGGCAUAUAAGAGACCAAUCCCCGGUAUCUAUAACACAGUUCUGCAAGAGCUGAUUGUCCAGCAACACUUGAUGAGGUACAAGAGGACAUAUCGUUACGACCCUGUGUUUGCUCUUGGUUUUGUUACUGUAUAUGAUCAGCUAAUGGAAGGAUAUCCAAGUGAGGAGGAUCGAGAUGCCAUAUUCCAAGCAUACAUAAAGGCAUUGAAUGAAGAUCCAGAAAAAUACAGAGCUGAUGGACAAAAGUUGGAAGAGUGGGCUCGGGCUCAGACUUCCAAUUCAUUACUAGAGUUUGCAGCGAGAGAAGGAGAAGUUGAGGGGAAACUAAAGGACAUUGCAGAAAGAGCAGGGAGUAAGGAAAGUUUCAGCUACAGUCGUUUUAUCGCUAUUGGGCUGUUUCGUCUCCUUGAGCUUGCAAAUGCAAGUGAACCAACUAUACUGGAAAAGCUUUGUGCUGCCUUAAAUGUCAGCAAAAGAAGUGUGGAUAGGGAUCUAGAUGUAUAUCGCAAUUUGCUCACAAAGUUGGUUCAAGCGAAGGAGUUGUUGAAGGAGUAUGUGGAUAGGGAGAAAAAGAAACGAGAAGAAAGGGUUCAAUCACAGAAGGCUGAUGAGGCUAUCAAAAAGUGUGUGGGAGAAUAUCAAAAUGCUGGUCUGUAGUCCAUCCCCUUCAGCAGUUCACACCACAUAUGUUGAUUCCCUCGCAUCUAAUGCUAUCACAGUUCUUUCUCCCUUUUCUUGAGGUAAGAGUUAGUGUCUGUGUUUUAUUUAUACGCGACCAUUACGUCCCACAGUUCUCUCCCUUUUCUUGAGGUAAGAGUUAGAGUGUCUGUGUUUUAUACAUAUGUGGGCAUCACAUCCCUUCUGGGAUAUCCGGAAAACCAAUGUGUAGUUUACUAUUUUAGAUUUGAUUGAUCUCUAUGGAACCUGUCUACACUUCCAUAAGAAUAUUACUCUAUAUUGAAACAAUUUUUUGUCCCUGAAGUAUUCUACCAUCCACAAA